AUGGGAGGGUGUUGUUGCGGGGGAGGAGGGGGGCCUCGGGCGGCUAGUUCAGGCCGCAGCCAACCGCACUUGAGCGCCCAGGAACCCUCCGAUGCGCGAGGAGACGUCACAAGGGCACCGGAGGCUGUCCACAUCUCUGGUCUGGCCGCGCGCGACCCGCUCGUACGGCGGUGCUCAGUGAAGGGCAAUGAGGAGACUUUCUAUGACGCGCACGACAACAAUAUGGGGAGCCCGAGGGACUCCGGCACUCCCACUCUGGCACAUCUGACGAGCUCGAAAUCGCGAGGAAGGACGGCCGCCAGACCCGUUCAGCUGUCCCAUGCUCCGAGUGGGAAGGAGCGCGCACAGCCUGUGGCGACACGCGAGCACGGGGAUCCCGCGCACGAGGCGAUCAAGGACCACCCUCCGCCGUUUGGGUGCUUCAGUUUCAAGAAGGUGGACAACGACCGCAUCCUGGAAGAGGCCCUGCUGGAGCACGCGCGGGAGCCCGGGGAGGUGCUGCCGAACCCGGGCGCGUCCAUGGAGACGGUCGCGGCGCACUACACGCGGGACAAGGCGACGGAGAACGACGGCUUCACGCACUGCUGGUCGGACUGCCACGGGUCGGAGUUCAACGUGCGCUCGGAGCGGUACAUGAAGACCAAGGUCAAGGAGCCGUCCGAGGGGGGCGUGUACGUCCUCGAGCACGCCGACUUCUUCCACACCCCCUGCAAGCAGUACCACAUGUCGCAGCGCUUUAACAUGCCGGCGGGAGGCGGACCCAACAUGGUCGACGGGUUCCCGAAGUGGGUCGUGCUGCACGUUCAGUUUCCGUUCUACAACCCGCCCUUCUUCAGCACUGGUGCCGACGGCGUGGGCGCUUCGUUGGUGUUCUGGUUCAGGCUCCCCGACGGCUUCGACCCAGCAGCGCACCCCAACCAAAAGGCCAUGCACCUCAUGCGGCAGUUCUUCCAAGAUGAGAAGGACCCCGACGGGAAGCCGGUCCGCGACCGACUGAAGCUCAUACCCAAGCUGGUCAACAUCGACGAGUUCUGCGCAUCGGCGAACAUUUCGAAGACGGAGACGAAGCUGAUCAAGUCGUACAACGGGAAGCCCAUCCUGACGCGCCCGCAGCACGCGUUCCACUUCGACCCGUCCAAGGGCCUCAUGGACGUGGAGCUCAACGUGCACGAGUGGGCGUUCCUCGCGCGGAAGGUCUUCCACGGGUUCAUGGAGCGCUUCGCCUCGGCGGUGUUCGACAUGGGGUUCGUCGUCCAGGGGAACUCGACUGAGGAGCUCCCGGAGGUGGUGCUGUGCGGCGUCAGGGGGUACAGGAUGCGGAUUCUGGCGGAAGCGCCUCCCCCCCCCGUGGACCCGGACGACGACAAGGGGUCGGCGAAGGGCAACGGGCCUGUGGAGCAGUGA